ACCACGCAAACACUGACCUGAUAUUUCCUCUCCGCCGUCGGUCCUAGUCCUACGCCAGUGCAAUGCCAAGGCUGCAACACUAACAGGCUCAUUUUUUCAUUUUCAGAGCCCUUCAGUGGGGUAAACCUGAGGUUACUUUUUCUCUGCUUUUGUUUUAAUCGAGCACACUGCGACGUUUCGUUUGCGGACAUGCCUAACAUCGUGCUUUUCAGCGGGAGCUCUCACCACGACCUGUCCCAGAAAGUGGCUGAUCGGCUGGGGCUGGAGCUGGGCAAAGUGAUCACGAAGAAAUUCAGCAACCAGGAAACAUGUGUAGAGAUUGGGGAAAGUGUACGCGGCGAGGAUGUGUACAUUGUGCAAAGUGGCUGUGGUGAAAUCAAUGACAACCUCAUGGAGCUGCUCAUCAUGAUCAAUGCCUGCAAGAUCGCCUCGUCGUCCCGCGUCACCGCUGUCAUCCCUUGCUUUCCCUAUGCCCGGCAGGACAAGAAGGACAAGAGUCGAGCACCCAUAUCAGCCAAGCUGGUGGCAAACAUGUUGUCUGUGGCCGGUGCCGACCACAUCAUCACGAUGGACCUUCAUGCAUCUCAAAUCCAGGGCUUUUUCGACAUUGCGGUUGAUAACUUAUAUGCAGAACCUGCUGUUCUGCAGUGGAUCAGAGAAAACAUCCCAGAGUGGAAAAAUUGUAUCAUUGUGUCUCCAGAUGCCGGCGGAGCUAAGCGCGUGACGUCCAUCGCAGACCGUCUGAACGUGGAGUUUGCUCUGAUUCAUAAGGAAAGGAAGAAGGCCAACGAAGUGGACCGUAUGGUCCUGGUGGGUGACGUCAAGGACCGUGUGGCCAUCCCUGGUGGGACGACAUGGCCGACACUUGCGGGUACCAUCUGCCAUGCCGCUGACAAGCUCAUCGAUGCGGGAGCCAUAAAGGUCUAUGCCAUUCUCACACACGGCAUUUUCUCUGGUCCGGCCAUCUCCCGGAUUAACAAUGCCCCCUUUGAAGCUGUGGUUGUAACCAACACUAUUCCACAAGAAGAGAAGAUGAAGGCUUGCCCAAAAAUCCAGGUCAUUGACAUCUCCAUGAUUCUGGCAGAGGCCAUCAGGAGAACCCACAAUGGGGAAUCUGUGUCCUACCUCUUCAGCCAUGUCCCCUUGUAAAACAGAACCAGCCACCCUUCGACCCACUCUCCCCUGCCAGGCUGGUUGGUACUUUCCAGCUGCUUCAGAGAGGCUAGAAAUGGCCUCAUGGUCAGGGCCAAAUUUGUGACUUUUUAAAUGUCACGCCCACACAUUCAGUCUUUGACAUUCUCACCGAGGAGACGGAGCGAAAUAUCACUUCCUCAAGACCAAGUAUUUAUAAGUAUCUCACUUUCUCUUGUUCAGCAACAGCCUUGCCAAACUGGCAUUCACUUUGACCAAAGGCUCCAUUAUGUACCAUGAUAUUUUAUUUUUACAUCAUAUUGAUCCCGCUUUAAUGAUGCAUUCCAGUGUCAUGUCAUUUGAAAUAUUUUGGCAAUUUUUGCUUCACACAAUAAAACUGUAAAUGUGAAAGCCUUGCACCUUUUUCCCUAGCGUUAGCUUAACAGCUGCUAAAAGUAUUAAAAUGAAUUAACUGCAGACUAAUCUUAAAAAAGCUUGUCCUACAUUAUAAGCAUUUGUUUCAGGUCUCCGAGGCAAGGCUACAUGAAGCUGCGCCACGUGUCAAAUUGUGUUGUGACCAGACACAAGCAGGAGUAAAAUUAGUGGACACACUUCCUCACUGUUUUGUAAAGAGCUUAACUAGAAUGUGCUGAUACAUCAUCUCCCUUAACAAUAAGCUGCUUUCACCACAUGGUGGGAUAGGUCUGACAACCUUCGCUUUGAAUUCCCCAGUCAUGCUAAAAUACCUAGUUUAUUAAAAUAUUGCAACUCCUGGAGGUGUAUGUAGUUGAUUGUCUAAUACGAGGUGUAAGUGGGUGUUCAAUCCACAUUCCAAAAGGUCAUGAAAACAAAUUUGAGCCCAAAGUUUGGCUUCUAGUAUUUGAUUUCCCUCAUGAUAUGAGCCGGAGUCAUAAUAAAAGUAGUGUUCAUUUUUUUGGCUGUAAUGGGUCACUUGUGUCAGUGAGGCAGGUUUCACUGUUUGCCUAUCACUGGAGAAAACGUCGGUGGAAUACCAUGAUUUUUUUUUUUUUUUAAUAUGUAACACUUCAAGCUGUUUCUUUGACAAUAAAGCUUUGACAAUUGCUUACAAA